UGUGACAGUCGCCUCGUUAAAAACAUGUCGCAGGUGGAACUCUCGUGUCAUAUUGUUCAGUGAUUCCAUUCAUAUGUUCAUCAGAAUUUCUACGGGAAAUGUUACAGAACCAAUAAUAACAAAUCUACUUUAACAAAAGUACACGUGUUCGUAUUUAUAAAUGUGAACGAAUCAGUGAAAAGGAAAGAGCAUCAACAUGAACGACAACGAAGAUCUCCAGCAGCAGCGGGUCUCUGUGCAUCGAAAAAAUUGAACUUCAGUGAAAAUCGACCAGCCAAUGUGCCCAUGAAGCGAUCACGAUGGAGCCGCGUGGGAUGAUGAUGUCGAACCUGUCGUGCGAUGGCUGCGCGGACAGCGACCGCGAUUCCGACAGCAGCAGCAUGAUCGUCGACCCGGUGAGCCUGGACAAGAACGACUUGUCACCAUCACAAUCAUCAUCCAGUCCAAUCAUCCCGAGUUCUCCUGUUCCGACGUCCACGGCAUCCUCGAGGAACCGUGGCGGAAGUCGUAGCAAGAAGAACUACUCGAUGAUGUCUGCCAACAACCAACAAAAAAACAACAGCACAGGUCAAGCAUCGUCCUAUAGUAACGACAAAAUGUCCUCGUCCCUGAUCAAACCGCCAUACUCCUACAUAGCGUUGAUCACGAUGGCUAUCCUCCAAUCACCGCAGAAAAAAUUGACUUUAAGUGGAAUCUGCGAGUUCAUCAUGUCCAGAUUCCCCUAUUACCACGACAAGUUCCCCGCCUGGCAGAAUUCCAUCAGACAUAAUCUGUCUUUAAACGACUGCUUCAUCAAGAUACCACGAGAGCCUGGUAAUCCUGGAAAAGGGAAUUACUGGACUCUGGAUCCGUUGGCUGAGGAUAUGUUCGAUAAUGGAAGCUUCUUGCGUCGUAGGAAGAGGUACAAGAGGCCUCCGCCACAUUAUGUUCUCCGUGAUCGUGCAAUCAUGGCGACUUUUGCUAUUUGUGGCGAUCGGGGACCUUGUCCUGGUGGUGGUGGAGGUCAUCCAGGUGCUCUGACUUAUCCUAGUGCAGCGUACUUGUCUCCUCCGCCAGGUUUGCCAUUGUUAGACUUCUCUCCUUCGACCUUGGAGGCUCUGAAGUUAGGUGGCUUCUUGGAACCACCGCCACCAUUGUACAAACCGGUACCAAUCACUGCACCACCGAUCAGGCAAAUGGACCCCGCGCCAACGAGGACCACCGUGAUACCCAGCAGCCAUCCGCCAAUGGACAAGAAAAGGAACUUCAGCAUCGACGCUCUGAUUGGCAAACAGGCGGCUAGCGAUCAGAACUGUGGAGGUUUGCUGGAUCUCAGCCCGUCGGAGCACAGAGAGAUCAGGAGUCAGGCGUCAGCCUUCUCUCCUCUGGUUUAGAAGAGUCGUUCUUGACUGUUUUUUUCUUCUUAUUUUUUUUUUUUUUUUUUUUUUUGAGAAAAGUGAAAUUGAGGGAGUGGAGUGAUGGAAUUUGUAUAGAGGGAACUAUUUUUUCUGGUGAUUGGAGGAUUGAGUAUCAAAGGAUUCUGGAGACUGAGAGGCAGUGAUUGAAAUGGAGGAAAUUGAAGAGGAAGAGUGUAGGUAAACAUUUCCAAGGAGGAAAACAUCGACGAUUCACCAGAGUGAACAGUGAUAAAUGAUGGAAAGUGAGAGAAGAGAGUUACAGCUACCAAAGAAGAGGAGAGCACGACGAAAGCCAAAGACUCAAACUAUGACGUACUUGUGUAAAAAACAGAAACAAAGGAGAAAUAAAAAAGGACGUGAAACAGGACGAAGAAACGAGUAAUUGUAAAAAGGUGUAGUGCAAUAGUGUAGUGGUUGAUUUAAGUAUU